AUGAUAUCCACAGUGUGGUUGAGAGGGACGGAGGAUGUAGCCUACAGGCAGUCCCUCUUUCUUUCCUAUUCAUAUUUUCCAGGUUCCAGUCCAGCAGCUAAAGCAAGGGCAGGCAGUGGAGAAUAUUCUGAUUGUGGGAAAGGUUUCAACCUGUUGGGAAAUUUAAAAAAAACCCAGGGAAUUCAUACGAAGAAACCGUAUCACUGCUCUCGCUGUGGGAAGAGUUUCAGUCACUCAGGAACCCUGAAAGCACACCAGCGAAUUCACACAGGAGAGAAACCAUAUUGCUGCUCUGACUGUGGGAAAAGUUUUCGUGUUAAACAAGGCCUUCAAAAACACCAGCGAACUCACACAGGAGAGAAACCGUAUCGCUGCUGUGACUGUGGAAAGUGUUUCCGUGUUAAACAAGGCCUUCAAAGACACCAGAAAAUUCACGUUGGAAAGAAACUGUAUCGCUGCUCUGACUGUGGGAGGAGUUUCAGUCGGUCCGGACACCUUGCUUCACACCAGCGAACUCACACAGGAGAGAAACCGUAUUGCUGCUCAGACUGUGGGAAGUGUUUUCGUUUUAAACAUGGCUUUCAAAAACACCAGGGAAUUCACACAGGAGAGAAACCAUAUCAUUGCUCUGACUGUGGGAGGAGUUUCCGUUUUAAACAAAGCCUUAAAAAUCACCAGGGAAUUCACACAGGAGAGAAACCGUAUCGCUGCUCUGACUGUGGGAGGAGUUUCCGUUUUAAACAAGGCCUUCUAAAACACCAGGGGAUUCACACAGGAGAGAAACCACAUCACUGUUCUGACUGUGGGAAGAGUUUCCAUUUAAAGCAAAGCCUUAAAAAACACCAGGGGAUACACACAGGAGAUAAACCGUAUCGCUGCUCUGACUGUGGGAAGAAUUUUAGUCACUUGGGAAACCUGAAAGAACACCAGCGAAUUCACACAGGAGAGAAACCGUACUGCUGCUCUGGCUGUGGGAAGAGUUUCCGUCACUUGGUAAACCUAAAAAAACACCAGCGAAUUCACACAGGAGAGAAACCGUAUUCCUGUAAUCGCUGUGGGAAGAGUUUCAGUCGGUCAGACAGCCUUGUUUCACACCAGCGAAUUCACUCAGGAGAGAAACCGUAUCCCUGCAAUCGCUGUGGGAAGAGUUUCAGUCGGUCACACAGCCUUGUUUCACACCAGCGAAUUCACUCAGGAGAGAAACUUUAAAGACUAUGUUCAAUGGGACUUUACACUGAGGAAAAAAAAACGGUAACCUUUUGUGUAUCGCUCUUAAGAGGUAAAAAUGCACUUCGACCCUCUUGCACGUUCUGAUUAUGUCAAAGUGGACGAUGACACGGACAUGUCACAACGUAAACGGAUUUCUCUGCUGUCAUUUUAACUCGGGCCUCAAUUACGAAAGAGCACUAAAUUUGGAAUUGGCGCGUAUGUAGUGAGCCUAACGCGUGCGAUUUAAAUCUAAAUUUACUGCCCCAUUUACUAACGGAGAACGCAUUAAAAUAUGUGCACAGUAUGCGGCUAAUUUACAUACCAUACCGUACACGCUACAUGUAUUGUGAGCGAUAGUUUAGUGUGCACAAUCAUGUUUUACCUGUGACCACUGUGAUAUUCAAAACCCCCAGCAGUCCAGGCGUAUCUUCACAAUAAGGCCUUCAGUCUUAUUGUGAAGGUGCAGAUGGCUUACAUCUAACACACGUAGUCAGUGGGUGCAGUCUGCAUUGUAUGAGUGACAUUCCCAUUAAGCCAAUCAAAAAGCACACAGAAUCCGUUUCCUCAUGCACAUGUGUAGCGAUAAACUACUUAUUUUAUGUGUAAAAUUUAAAAUCAGUAGCCAAAAAGUAGUUGGAGAUGUCACAGAAGCGAAAGGCGGAGGCAGAACACGGAUGAUUCCACAGUUGUUAGCCAGAUGAUUAUUUGUUCAGUGAAUAAUUGACAGCUAGGCAAUAGGUCUGAUUUGCAGUGCAGUGGUUCCAGUUAUGAAAGAUUAUAACAUACAAUGUCACUAUGACACACUGCACAAAACAAUGUAUUUUGAGGUUACUGGAAAUGAAAGAAACUAUAGCGUCUCAUCUACAGGUUCUUUUGAAAACGAGACAAAGUGCUGUGGAUUCCAUGAACAAUACAACCUCGGGAAAGGAUUUUUUUUUUUUUUUUUAACUGUGAGAAGCCAUGGAAAGUGCAGAAAUACC